AUGGUCAAAGUAUUAGUGAUAAAGCUUACCCCCGAGCUGGCGUGUCUCAACAACGUGAUGCCCAGCACAAACACACCUGCUGGUCGAAAGAAUGGAGGGGGCGGUAAAGAGAAUAAUGUCACCGAAGACAGCCCCCGCCGCGGGGAAACCAACGAAAGUGGUCCUCAAUCGCUGCCCAACAAGACGCAGGAACAUCGACUGCUGGUUCCUGCUGUGGCCGCCUCCAAGCCACACCGACAAUCCGGCAGCGGGCGCGGCGAUUUGCCGCCUCACCUGGCCUCGCAUCUUGUCCGCAUAUGCGGGCACCAAAUGACCCCUCGGUAUGGGAGUGCCGCUGCUGCUGUCCGUAACCAGGAAACGUGGAGGGUUCAAGGCAUGAGGGGCUAUCAGCAGCCUUCCGUAUCACUGCUGCCCUUGGGCGGCAAAACGACGCAUCUAGAAUUGAGACGAUCGCGGCACAACGGUGAAGUUGAUCUCGAAAACUUGGGAGGUGUAUGUCGUACCGUAGAUAGACGUCCCAAGAACGGUAGGCUUUCGCGGUUGACAGGCUGUCAACGGCGUUUUGCGAUAUUUGGCAACUCGGUCAAGGGAGAAUCUGGUCCUCUGCAUCUUGUGUUUGUCAACCCCCGUGCUCAGUGCUCACCUUGUCCUGGCAGCAGACCGGCGCGGCGGGAAGGCAUGGGAGAGGAUUCGCCGGGAGAUGCAGCGGGUGGUGGUGUAGUGCCCGACCGGAAAUGCAGCCCGGCCGCCACCAUCAUCAAUCGUGUUGAGGAUGUUUGGUACCAAACGGCAAGGUAUUCAAUUAGAUGCGGUACGGUACGUACGGGGACGCCUCGGGAAGGCUGCGUGCGUGGGAUGUGA